AUGAACGCCGCCCUCGCCUCAACCUCUACCCUCCAUGGCAGAAUCUCAAGCUUUCCCCAACCAUUAGUCCCAAACCCUAGAAUCCUCUCAAUCCGAAGCUCCGCACCUCCAUCCAAGGGUUUCAGAACAAGAGCAAGCUCAAACGGGCUGGACACGAAAACAGAAGACCCCGGGCCCCGUGAGGAUCUUCAACAGCCCGAUCGAGAUCUAGACGCCGUCAAGGAUUCAGGAAAGGUUUCCGGCGGGCCAAUUCCUCCGCUCGACAAAGAUCUUAAAAAGGUGGUACAAAAAACGGCUGCAACUUUUGCACCGAGAGCUUCAACCGCAACCAAAAACCCAGCUGUGCCAGGCACUGUUUUAUACACUGUCUUUGAGGUUCAAGGAUACGUGUCUCUACUACUAGGUGGGGCUCUCUCGUUCAAUCUCAUAUUUCCAUCAAACGAACCCGACAUUUGGAGACUAAUGGGCAUGUGGUCCAUCUGGAUGUUCACUAUUCCUUCCCUCCGUGCUAGGGAUUGCUCAAAGAAUGAGAAAGAGGCCCUCAACUAUCUAUUCCUCCUCAUUCCAUUACUUAACGUCGUAAUCCCCUUCUUCUUGAAAUCGUUUGCAGUCGUCUGGUCUGCAGAUACCGUAGCCUUUUUUGGGAUGUACGCUUGGAAGCUUGGAUGGUUUUCACAGAGAGAAUAG